AUGUCCUCCACUCAAGAUGCCAACAAUGCUCUCAACCGUGAUGCGGCUGACAAGUCAUUGGCACAUGAGAUUGCCAUCACUUUGGUUGGUGCAUUCACCCGAUAUGGGAAUGCUGCGACUUCCUUCACUCCAAGGCUUCUGUCUUGCGCAGCCGAGAUCUGGGACAAGAGUGGUCCAAAUGGUAAGCUGAGGGGUCUGCCCGACUGGAUGCAGAUCUUGGAUGACGACCCUUGCAUCCAGGUUCACCCCCUUUUCCACAAGACCAUUGGCUACACCCGCCUGGUUGGUCCAUCAACACAGGAGGCUUGCCUGGCUUCACCAGUACCACCAGCCGCCACAUUGAUCCAAGAGGCAUUGGUGACCCUCUCCCCCAUCCCAUCUCCCACACCAUCACCAUCACCAUCACCUGCCCCCGCCCCCAAACACAAUCUCUUUGUCCCCAGCACAAAGCGCAAGGCCUCGACUCCUGAAGCUGAAACUUCAGCACCGGAAGGAGAUGUCAUUGUGGUGGUACGCACACCAUUGCCGAAGAAGUGCAAGAUGGCGCUGGCGGUCUGGAAGACCGCAACACCGCCACCCUCCGUCAGCAAUGAAGAGUCUGCUGAGGACACACAUCCCAUGCGCCUCUUCCCGACCCAAUGUGAGCGGUGCAUCAAGGACAACAUCCCUUGCACCGUGAUGCUGGGCAAGAAGAACGGCAAGGUCCGGAAGUGCUGUCACAACUGCAACGGCAAGAAGACCAAGUGCGUCUGUCUGUCCAUGGACCAGCAGCGCCUUCUGCAGGCUGCUGCUGCUGCAGAGAAGAAGGCCCGGAAUGGCAUGCCAAAGAACAACGCCCCCCCUAUGCAGGUAAAAUACAGAACUCAGUUGAGGGCACCGGUCAGCACAUGUGCCACCUCCCAAAUUCGCCAGGCACUCACUGCCGAAGAUGAUGCGGAUGCGGAGGGUGAUGAUGAUCCAGAACACGUCCCAGCCGUCAUACUCCUGGCCCAACCUGUUCAGUCCGGCACCUCCACUGCAGGUCCGGUACCAACCCCCACUGUUGACAAUGAUGUCAACGUCAACUUCGCUCCUCCCGACAAUCCUCCGACCCUCCCAAAUGUCCCCGAAGCCCAGCAGGAUGUCGGCCCCAACCCAUCCAUUGCACAGCUGACAGCUCUUGAUAUAUUCAAGAGCAUCGAGGCUCUCAGCCAGAAGUUCGAUGCCUUGCUCAAGACAUCGGAUGAUCGUGCAGAGGCCUUCCAUCAGCAGAUGGACUCUCGGGUGACUGCUUUGGACCAAGACUGGAGCAGCAGAUUUGCGGUCAUGGAGAACAGGCUCUGGGAGGUCGAAAUGAAGACUGCCAACAACACCAUGUCCAUCGGACAUGUGGCCAACAGUGUCAAGGGUUUGAGAGCCGGACAGCCUCUUGACGCUCCUCCUGCAGGCCACCCCUUUGGCCCGAUACCCCCUGCUUGGCUCUCUCUACUGCCGGGUACCCAUGAGGCCAUCCAAUCGGUGGACCAGGGCGUCUCAGUAGUGGGGAAAGAGUGGACCACCGUUUGGGAUCUAUCCAAAGCCAGUGGAGCGCAUGGCCCCAGUACCGCCUCUGCUUCUGCAGUUUUUCCUGCCGGCUCUCCCACUCUGGCAAGCGGUUAUCAUUUGUCCAGCAUCCCUUCCACCCCCGACAAGUCCGAGAAGUAG